ACCACCCUUAUUAACAAAGAAUCCGUCCAGCACCCAGCAUUGAGAAGCAGAGAUAGGAGGAAGAAAAGAGAAACAAGAGACAGAGAUACAUAGAGUAACAGAGUAACUGGUUCGAACGCCUGUCGUCUUGUCCCGGACCGGUGGUCAUUCAUGGCCACCGUGGGGCAGCCUGAUGCCAUGCGAAGGAUCACCGUUCACUACGUCAAUCCGCCUAUCGCCGGCGCCGGAGAAGUAAGCGCCGCCGAUGGCCUCGACGACGACCAAGUUCUCGAUUAUGUGAUUGGUGAUGUUCUUCAGGGUCAGGAGGGUCUGUAUCAAUCAAUCUUGUAUGGUUCACAUUACUACCAUGGAGAGAACAGCAGUGGUGGUGAAGCUACAACCUCGACAGCAUCAGAAAUCGACCAGCAGAUUGCGUAUGACUUGGUGUACGCUAGGCAGCUGCAGGGGUUAGAGAAUCUGACAAUUGAUACACCUGCAGAUGAAGAUGACGAUAUAAGCUGCGUACCCUCUCCAUCUGACUCUGAAACUGAUGAACCGUCAGAAGGCAACAACGAAGAAGAGGUUGCCGUGCAGGAUGAUAAUGAUGAUCCAGACAACAUGACAUAUGAGCAAAGGCAAGCACUUGUAGAAUCUGUAGGAAAUGAGGACAGAGGCUUAUCUGAUCUUCUCAUCUCCUACCUGGAGACAUGGAAGUACAAAUCAGGCUUUUUCCCAAGAAAGGCCAACCAUGAUGACUGCCCUAUAUGUCUGUCCGCUUUCAGACGUCGAGAAACUGUCAUAACAUUGGCCUGCAAGCAUACUUACCACGAAGCUUGUGUUGCUAGAUGGCUCAAGAUUGACAGGACCUGUCCAGUUUGCAAAUAUGAAGUGUUUGGACCUUCAUAGAGUGAGAAGGGGAUCAACAAAGGCUGACAAACCAUGACCUGAUGAGACGGCAUGUAGUGGUUGCAACUUCUGCUCUGCAAUGUUAAUGGGAAAAAAAAAAAACUUAACCCCCAAAAAAACUUAACCCAAAAAAAACUUAACCUAAAAAACAAAAGAGAGAGAGAGAGAGAGAGAAAACAAAGGAAAAGAGAGAGAGAAGGCAUUUGGAAAGAGAAUUUUCAUCAAUGUGUGUUUUUUUCAUGUAAUUUCCGACAAUGUACAAGCGUGCUUGUUCUUUAUAAAGCUUUUAUGUUCAUGAGUGUGCAA